UGCUACCACCGCCUACGUUCAAGCUGAACAUUGACCGUCGCGUCGACAUACGAGCUUCGCGCAGUGCAAAAGGCGCGUACGUAUCGCGCAUUAAUAUGGAAAAAUGAGUCAGGACCUACGCGCCGUUAUUUUCUCGCUUAUUGCACAGAUAUGGAAAACGUAGUCGCGUGAUGCAAACAUUACGUUUACGAGGUGCUGGGAUGCAGCGUUAGCAUGAGCGUUUCUCAAGACAGCGUUGCUACGAUCGUGUGCAGGGAGGUUUUCGACGAGACAUCUCAUCCGACGAAUGAAGAGUUAUUGGAUUAUGCAAAACGUUUGGGAAUUGAUCCCGAUGCGGAACCACACCUUCUGGACUUGGCCCGUGAGGGUCUUAUGGCAGCCCUGCCUAAGGGAUGGUCUCCGUGCUUCCAUGAAGCUAGUGGUGCCUGGUAUUAUUACCAGGCAUCUACUGGCACCACCACUUGGGAACAUCCCCUAGACGCUGUUUACAGAGAACUUGUGGAACAAGCAAGAUCUGGCAACAAGAGACAAAUGAGCCUUGAAGAAGAUUCGAAGACUACGGCAAAAGAUCUUGAGUCCCACGAAGAUGCAACUUUACCGAAAGAAAAUAUUAUUCCAAAAGAAAUAGUUAAAGAAACUAUUUAUGCAAAACCUGGCAUGGCCGGCACUAAAAUUCCUAUGAAACUGGCUCCUUUACGAAAAGUCGAAAAAAUUGACAGUUCGCGCAAAAAAGAUCGUCCCUCUUCCUUUGAUAGACUUCAAUCAAGAAGAGAAAGUGAUUCAAAAUCCGACAAUGCAAUAUCUUUGUCGAGCGAUCGAGCCGCAAGGGAUUAUACAAACUUAAAGUUUCAAGAUCCAAAAUUUUAUGAAUGUCCUAAAUUGCUUGAGACAAGAGAUACAACCGCAGCAACCACAACAAGCACAUCAUCGGCCAAAAAAGAGCUUGAUUUAAAGGAAGUACUAAAGAGAUCUGAGUCGCUGAGUCCAUGGCACGAAAAAGAUUGGGAACAGCUCUCCAGUAAGUUCAGUUCAGAAGAAAACAUAAUCGACAUCGAUAAACUCAGCGCCAGUACGUUGGCAAGGCCAGAAAAAGUUGAAAAAUUCGACAAAGAAAAACAUCCGAGUCAACUGGGUCAACAAAAAGAAUUAACUCUUAGUGGUGGUGGUUCCAUGUUUUUAAAAAGUAACAGGAGCAGAGAUACCACACCUAGUCAAGAUGGCGGCAAGUUGGAGGACUUCCGGGCAUUGACGAUCUCCGACGAACCUAAUAUCACUGUUGGUGACAGACCCAAAUCCAUUCUAAGGGAAAAACAGCUUGAAGAUGACGAUCGACCAUUGGAUGAGGAACGCAAAAGCGUGCGCUUUGACUUGGAAAAGGAGUUCAACGUUAAUUUCACAUAUUCAGAAUCCGAGGACGACUGGGACUCCGAAUCUGAAGAUAAAAACCUGCGAAUAUCAGCUGUAAUGAGCGAUAAAAUUACUGAUUCCAUUCUAUCCAAAUCAACCUUGCAAAAUUAUGAAGACAACAACGACGAUAAAAACGUUUAUUCCAUUGAGAAAGAACAGGUUAAAAUAAAUUCAGAAAUCAACAGGCAGCAUUUGUCUACGGAAAAAACCAAUUCUAUAUCAAAAAACCCAAAAAUAGUUGGCAAGAGAUUUCUCGUGCAAAAUGUUUCAGAAAAUGAACAUCGUAAUCAAAUAAAGACUACUCUCGAAAGGGACAACAGUUUUGAUUACUUAUCUAAUAAAUUAGGUGAGAAAGUGAAAAAUAUUGAUAUAGUGUCAAAAAGUGAAACAGAUUGUAGCACUGCAAAAAGUAGUGAUUCCGACGAUAUACAUAAAACAAAAUUAAUUUUUGAAAAAGCAAGACAUGCGACAAAUCGCUUGUUGAAUCGACAAUUUGAAGAUAAUGAGUCAUCUGAUGUGUCGAAGUUUACCACGCAGGAUUACACGCAGAAAGAACGAUUUGUCCGUCCUAAAUUAGAAUACUCUCGAAGUAUUGAUGAUAUGAAGGUGAAAAUGAAUAGAGAACAUGAAGAAGAAAUUGAAGCAUUCAAGAUUGAACUCGAUAUUAAACUGCUAGAAAAAAAGAAGAAACUUGAAGAAAACUUUGCACAACAAAAAAUUUUAAUACAACAAUUUUUGGAUCAAAGAUUACAGGAAAUGAAACAAGAAAUGGCACAAAAGGAAGAACAAGAAAUACAAACAUUGAUUACUGAAAUGGACCAAGCUAGAUUGGAAAAUUUGAAAAAGGUUCGUACGGAGCUAGAAGUCUGCUAUGAAAAAGAAAGACAAGAAAUAUUAACCAAUUUAAAGACAGAACUCGAUGAGAGAAAAAAGGAACUUCUAGAGUUGAGGAGUCAGGAAAUGGGCAAGCUAGAAAAUGAGCAUGAACGUGACCUUGGCGAAGAAAAGCUCGCAAAACUGAAUGAAUAUGAGUUGAAAAAGCAACAUACUGAAAGAAUUGAAUCCUUAAAGAAAGAACUAGAAAAGGAAUUUGAAGAUUUAAGAAAUGAGUUAAGAACACAACAACGAGAAAAAAUUACUAAAUUUACUGAAGAUCACGAGCAAUGUCUAACUGAAAUUCUUCGUGAUUUUAGAAUGGAUGAAGCUCUCGCUCGUAAGAUGUACAAAGAACGGUUGGAAGAAAUCCGCGCGGAUUUUGCACGGGACGCCGAGAAGGAAGCAAGAAAACUAACCGAACGGGCUCUUCAACAAGAAAGUAUUGAUUUUGAAAAAAUGCGUUGUGAAAAGCGAUUGUUGCAGGACAAAUAUACGGCACUUAAAGAAAAAUAUAUUAAAUUGAAAAAUGAUGUUCGCCUCGCAGUCGAGAGAAGAAGCAGAAGAAAGGAAGGAUAUACCACGGCCUCGGAAACUGAAAGAUCGACAUCCACUAGAACGAGAACGGACAAGACUGAUUCGUCAGAACAAAAUACUCCGCUGAAGGCGCGCUCGAGCCCAGCAACAAACGCAAAAUCGCAGGACAGCCAAAGCGCGAGCGAACUAGUCGAAGAGCAAAAUUCUCCGGAAAAUUCGAGGAGUCAAAAAGUGGCCGCGUUUCAGAAACGCGCAUCCGCUACUGGCUUAAAAAGUGCAGCAAAAUUUGAAUCCGAUGAUACUACCACCGCCAGCGAAACGAACAUGAUUACGAAGAAAAAGAAGAGCUUCAGUAAAAAAGCUACAUCGAGUGCGGGUCGCUCGAACGGUAGUAACAACAAUGUGGAGAAUUCAGUGGAAAAUAUUAGAAAACAGCUGAAGAAGCUGGAAGAUCUCGGUGAUCAAUUACCGAGCAAUGAAACGGCCUAUACAGUGCGAUAUCCUUUUCAAGAUAAAGCACCGGCGAAUGUCUCUUCAGAGCUAGAAUUCUUCCGACACCGAAUGCAUGUGGAGAAGGAUUCGGUGAGGAGAGCUUGCGAGGCGUUGAAACAACAAAAAAGUGCCUUUCAGGGUAGGCAAAGAGCUUGGAAACAACGAAGCGGGAGAGCCACUCUGGAACAACUGGUGCAGGAAGAACGCGAGCUUUCAGAAAUGGAAGUGAGUUUGCAUCGCACUAAAAGUCUUUUAGGUGAAAAAAUUAUACAUCUAAAACACUUGGAACAAUCUCUCGAGCGAGUAGCAAACGAUAAGCGAAAUGAAAACGAUGUUAAGAACGAUGAACUAAGUGACAUGUCGAGUGCCAGCAGCGGUUUUAGUUCGACUGAUUUGGGUACUGAUACUUUUAUAGAUAAACCGGAUUAUUAUCAAGAAUCUACUGAAAUCAUUGCAAGUUUAGAGAAUUUAAACUCAGAAAUACGAGAAAUUUGGGACGUCUUAAAUAAACGUCAAGACAGUAAUAUACCUCCAACACCGACUCUUAUGUAUUCUUAUUUGCGUUGGUUGCGAUUUCAUCAUCUCACCACGCAGCCUAACAGUAUGCAAGGUGCCUUUGGUACGCCCAAUAUACAAUCUAACAUCUUAUCUCAAUUAACUCCUACACAACCUCCUAUUACCACAACUCAAAAUAUUAUCGCUCAGUAUGGCCCUAAUAGCGGCUUUAGCACCAGCGUUGGUACAGUCGAAAGGAAUGCCUCAAAUUUGAUGGAAAGGACCAGAAACCUCAGGGAUUGGUUACGCCAAGCUCGCGUUGAAAAUACUGACUUAAUUAGUCCUGGUCAAGCGACUCUUUAAAGAUUUACGUCUAAAAUAAUUUUCUAUUAUUAUAAAUUUAUCUCUUGUGCAAAGUUGAUUCGUAUUCUCAAAUAAUUUUGAGUUAAUGAUUGAAUUAGAAGCAUUGUCAUUGCUGUUAAGUAAUUACAAUUCUUGAAUACUUUGUUACUUUUGUAGAAUAAUCUAUGAAUUGUGCAACGUAUUUAAUUAGAUUAUUUGUUUUAUGUGACUUAUAAUUAAGAAUUCGUUAAAAAUAAUUUUGUAAAAUCUCUCAUAAUUGAAAAUAAUCCUGUUCAAAACAUGAAUGUAUCGAACUUGUACGAAACUCAAAUCUAGCUUGUCGCUUAAAAUCUAAUUUUUCUUCUGAAAUAGUCAAAACUGUCAAGAAUAUAAUAUGUAUUAGUAUGUGUGAUAAACAAUUCACAUAUGAGCGAGAAGUAAAUUCGACGUAAUAAUUAUGAUAUAAAUAUACGUAAGAUCCAAUAGACAUUUAUAACAUUUGUAAUAAUUCAAGUUUAAAUUAUGGAGAAUUGAUUAAAAUUGAAACAAUUCUAUUGAUAAUUUUAAUUGAGAGUUUCCCAAAUUCUAAUUAAUAGUAGCAGAUCAACUUAAUUGUUUUAUACAUGUAAUUAUAUUUUAUCGUAUACGGAGAUAGAAACUAUACAAACAUGCCAGGUGCAAAAAUAUAGCCAUAUAGAAAUUUUUUACGUAUAUCAAUUUAAAUAAAAAUGAAAUGCUACUGCACUUUGCAAGACUUUCACUUUUUUUCGACGAAUUCUUUAAAACAAAA